AUGGCCAAGUCUGGUAUGGAGUAUUCAAUUCCCCCAUACACAUCUGCCCAUGCUACAUGUAGACUGCGCAGUGCGGUUCUGCACCGGGAUAGCCAUUAUGUUCCAAAGAAAGCUGUUGGCGGUAAAGGAAGCUAUAUAUUCCUUGAAGAUGGAACGGAAUUCCUUGACUCGACUGGCGGUGCUGCCGUCGCAUGCCUAGGCCAUGGCAAUGAAAGGGUCAAACAGGCUAUCAAAGACCAAAUGGAUCAGAUAUCCUACUGCCACUCUGGACUGUUUGGAACCGGUGCUGCUGAGGAAUUAGCCCAUCUUCUGGUUGACUCGACGGGAGGUAAACUGUCCAAACUAUUUGUGGUUAGCUCAGGAUCCGAGGCAGUUGAAGGUGCACUCAAACUUGCUCGCCAGUAUUUCCUUGAAUUGCCCGACCCGCAGCCCCAUCGUACGCGGUUUAUCGCUCGUCUGCCUUCUUACCACGGUACAACCCUGGGUGCGUUGGGCGUGGGCGGCCAUGUACUUCGGAGGGAGCCAUUUGAGCCUUUGCUAGCAAAGAACACAUCGCAUGUAUCACCUUGCAACGCCUAUCGCGACAAAAGGCAAAGUGAGUCUGAUGCUAGUUAUGUGGCCCGCCUGGCAGCCGAACUAGAAGCCGAAUUCCAGCGAGUUGGUCCGGAGACCGUGUGCGCAUUUAUUGCGGAGCCUGUAGUUGGAGCUGCUCUUGGCUGUGUCCCAGCUGUUCCUGGUUACUUUCCCGCCAUGAAACUCAUUUGCGAGAAAUAUGGCGCUCUAUUGAUUCUUGACGAGAUCAUGAGUGGUAUGGGUAGGUGCGGGACUCUUCAUGCGUGGGAGCAAGAAGAUGUUAUCCCUGAUAUCCAAACCAUAGGUAAAGGGCUCGGUGGGGGCUAUGCUCCAGUUUCCGGAAUAUUGAUCAACGACUCCAUUGUGCAGGUUCUUGACAAAGGAACUGGUGUGUUCCGGCAUGGACAAACCUACCAGGGACAUCCUGUCUCUUGUGCUGCUGCUUUGGCAGUUCAAAGAACAGUCCAAGAACAAAGUCUCUUGGAGAAUGUGCGAAAUAUGGGGGCUUAUCUGGAAAGACAGCUUCGCUAUCGUCUUGGGGAUCAUCCGCAUGUUGGAGAUAUUCGAGGCAAGGGGUUAUUCUGGGGGAUCGAGUUCGUCAAAGACAAGAGUACUAAGGAGCCGUUUGAUUCCAUAACUCGGUUUUCUUUUCUCAUACAGGAAAAAGGUCUUUCCUCGGAACAUGCGCUCUCACUUUAUGGCAGCCCGGGCACUGUGGAUGGUGUUCGUGGUGACCAUGUCAUAAUAUCUCCUCCUUUUACAGUUUCAAAGGAGGAAAUUGACUUGAUCGUUGACGGCGCUGCGAAUGUCCUGGCAGAGGUUCUUAAUGAUUUGGGUUUAUGA